AUGUCCAGUGUGGUACGUGGUGUUUGGAGAAGCUCAAGGUUGGUUGAAGGUAUUACAUACAAAUGUAGUAAUUAUAACUUUGGUACGAACAAGUUGACUCGAGGAGGAGUUGGUAAAGGUUUGUGUGUCCCUAGAUGUAUUUCGAGAGGUUUCCAGACAUCGACUUAUUUAAGUGAGGACGUGAAGCACCAGCGGCCACACACUUAUGAGGAAGAAAAAGUUAUUAUAGAUGAAAUUAUUAAGAAUUCGACAACGGAAGAUAUUCUAGCUUCCAAAAGAAUAAGAAAUAUUGGAAUUUCUGCUCAUAUAGAUUCAGGCAAAACGACAUUUACAGAACGUGUUCUUUUCUAUACUGGUAGAAUCAAGGCGAUUCAUGAAGUUAGAGGUCGUGAUUCUGUUGGUGCCAAGAUGGACCAUAUGGAUUUAGAAAGAGAGAAAGGUAUAACUAUUCAAUCUGCAGCAACUUAUUGUUCAUGGGAUAAGGACAAUCAAUCGUAUCAUUUCAAUUUGAUUGAUACGCCAGGACAUAUUGACUUUACGAUUGAAGUUGAGCGAGCUCUACGUGUGUUGGAUGGUGCGGUUUUAGUUGUUUGUGCAGUUGCAGGUGUUCAAUCGCAAACGGUUACGGUCGAUAGACAAAUGCGUCGGUAUAAUAUUCCAAGGAUUACGUUUAUCAACAAGAUGGAUCGUAUGGGAGCCAACCCAUGGAAAGCCAUUGACCAAAUCAAUGCAAAGUUGAAAAUGCAUGCUGCUGCUAUACAAGUGCCUAUAGGUGCUGAAGAAAACUUGCAAGGUGUUGUGAAUAUAAUCGAUCGCGUCGCUUUGUAUAAUGAAGGAGCACAAGGUGAAACAAUUAGAAAGGACAAAGUGCCUGAAGAUUUAAAGGAUUUGGUAGAGGAAAAAAGACUUUUUUUAAUUGAGACUUUGGCCGAUGUUGAUGAGGAGAUUGCGGAUAUUUAUUUAGAGGGAGAAGAGCCAACAGUCGAACAGAUCAAAGCAGCUAUUAGAAGAGCUACUAUUGGAAGAAAAUUCACACCUGUUCUCAUGGGCUCUGCUUUGGCUAAUAGAGGUAUCCAACCGGUUUUAGAUGCCGUUGUUGACUACUUACCACAACCUAAUGAAGUUUUAAACACCGGGUUUGAAGUACAAUCCGAUGGGUCCGAAACACCUAUUAACUUAGUUGCAUCAAGUGCUGCUCCAUUUGUUGGAUUAGCUUUCAAAUUAGAAGAAGGACCUUAUGGACAAUUGACUUAUAUUAGAGUUUACCAAGGUAAAUUGAAGAAAGGUGCAUACAUGACACAUAUCAAAUCCGGUAAGAAGGUUAAAGUUUCUAGAUUGGUGAGAAUGCAUUCCAAUGAAAUGGAGGACGUUUCCGAAGUUGGAAGUGGUGAAAUCUGCGCCACAUUUGGUAUCGACUGUGCUUCGGGGGACACUUUUAUUGGCCAAGGAUUAAAUAAACAAAUUGCAAUGAGCUCAAUGUUUGUCCCUGAAGCCGUUAUUUCAUUGAGUAUUGCCCCAAAGAGUAAAGAAAAUGGAGCUUUCUCCAAAGCUAUGAAUAGAUUCCAAAAGGAAGAUCCUACAUUUCGAGUCCAUUUUGAUCCAGAAUCAAAAGAAACAAUAAUAUCCGGUAUGGGAGAAUUGCACUUGGAGAUUUAUGUUGAAAGAAUUAAAAGAGAAUAUGGUGUUGACUGUGUGACUGGUAAGCCACAAGUUUCUUAUAGAGAAACAAUUACAGGAUCGACUCCAUUUGAUUACACACAUAAGAAACAAUCAGGAGGUGCUGGUCAAUACGGUAGAGUUAUUGGUGAAAUGAAACCAAUUGAAGGUGAGAACAAAUUUGAAACUCAAAUAGUAGGUGGUAAAAUUCCUGAAAAGUUCCUUUUGGCAUGUCAAAAGGGUUUUGAUGACUGCUUGGAAAAAGGUCCAUUGAUUGGUCACAAAGUCUUGGGAGUGGAUAUGCUUAUUAACGAUGGUCAAACGCACGUUGUUGAUUCUUCAGAAAUGGCCUUUAGAACGGCUACGCAAGGUGCUUUCAAACAAGCGUUUGAGAAUGCUCAGCCAGUUAUUUUGGAACCAAUCAUGACUGUUGAUAUUACAGCGCCAAACGAAUUCCAAGGUGCCGUUGUUGGGUUGAUCAACAAGUUAGGCGGUAUGAUUAAUGAAACCGUUAAUGGUCAAGACGAAUUUACAGUUUCUGCAGAAUGUUCAUUAAACUCUAUGUUUGGAUUCUCAACCACUUUGAGGGCAUCUACUCAAGGUAAAGGUGAGUUUUCGUUGGAAUUUUUGAAAUAUGCUCAAACUGCUCCACAAUUGCAAAAACAAUUGAUUAGCGAUUACCAAAAAGCUCAAGCUAGUAAAAAGUAG